AUGGUCGUGGCGUAUGCCCAGCACGGGUAUCUGGAUCAAGCCCGGAUUCUCUUUGAGGAUUUGCCAGAGAAAGAACACCAAGUGAGCGGUGAGUUGAUCAGAGCCUAUGGUGCUGCUGGUGAUCUCGUUGGUGCUGAGGCCUUGUUUGAUUCUUUGCAGCAUCGCGACGAGCGCUCCUGGAACUCUAUGGUUUUUGCGUAUGCUCGGUGCGGGCAUGCUGGAGAUAGCAUCACUUUCCUCGCCGCGAUGGUGCUCGAAGGAUUCCAGCCUAGCGACGAAGCUCUCACUGCGAUUUUCCGAGCGUGCUCCACCAGCGCGGAAGGAUUCUCUCGAGGUAAACUCGUCUAUCGAGAACUUUGCAGAGAUUUACUCUCCAGUGCUCCAAUCCAGGCAGAAGCUCUCGGGAUGUUCUCGGCGCAGGGAAGUCUUGCGGAGACGUGCUCGGUGUUUUCGGAGAUGAGUGCUCGAAGCACUGCUGCCUGGAACAUUAUCAUCGCCAGAUACGCUCGCGAAAGGUUGCAAACUUCGAUGAUCUUCCAUCUCAUGAACAGGGAGGGAUUUUUACCCGACGAUUCAACGUUUCUCAGCGUUCUUCCGCGGAAAAGUCCCGAAGAGUGUGGAAAAAUCCUUGCCUUGAUGGUCGAGAGCUUUAACAUCGAGCCAAGGCUGGAACACUACGCUUGUCUUGCGGACUCGCUACGAUAUGCCGGUGAUGCCAAAGAUGCCCAAGAGGUGCUACGAAGAUACCAGGUACGUCAGCCCUAA